CUUGAACUGAUCCUCUGGGGUUGAGACUGAUAACAGGUGAUCAGCCAAGAAAGGAUUUAAGCUACUUCAGGACCUUAUAUUGGCUGUUGGGAGGUGAUGACAGCCGACAAGCCCGUGCCCAUGGUGAACGGGAGGCACGCGGAAGACGCCGAGGCUCCGCACACGAGCCCCGUGCACGAGCGCGGCCAGUGGGGCAGCAAGGUGGAGUUUGUCCUGUCUGUGGCCGGAGAGAUCAUCGGACUCGGCAACGUGUGGAGGUUCCCAUAUCUCUGCUACAAGAACGGAGGAGGUGCUUUCUUUGUGCCUUAUGUCAUCUUCUUCGUGUGCUGUGGUAUCCCUGUGUUCUUCCUGGAGACAGCGCUAGGCCAGUUUACCAGUGAAGGAGGAAUCACAUGCUGGAGAAAAGUGUGUCCACUUUUUGAGGGUAUUGGUUAUGCAACUCAGGUCAUUGAGGCGCAUCUGAACGUGUAUUAUGUGAUUAUUUUGGCAUGGGCAAUCUUCUACCUGUUUAACUGCUUCACCACCGAGCUGCCCUGGGCCUCCUGCGGCCAUUACUGGAAUACAGAAAACUGUGUGGAUUUCAACAAUGCCAGUGUGGCAAACCUCAGCAACCCUUAUGCCACCUCACCAGUCAUGGAGUUUUGGGAACGACGUGUCCUCAGUAUAUCUGGUGGAAUUGAGCAGAUUGGAAAGCUGCGCUGGGAACUCGCUCUGUGCCUUGCAGUGGCUUGGUUCAUAUGUUAUUUCUGCAUAUGGAAAGGUCCUAAAUCAACUGGGAAGGUGGUAUACGUCACUGCAACCUUCCCUUAUUUCAUGUUGGUGAUCUUGCUCAUUCGAGGGAUCACACUUCCUGGUGCAGCGGAUGGAAUCAAGUUCUACCUUUACCCUGACAUCUCUCGGCUCUCAGACCCCCAGGUGUGGGUGGAUGCUGGAACUCAGAUCUUCUUCUCAUAUGCCAUCUGUCUGGGAUGUCUGACUGCUCUUGGGAGCUAUAACAGUUAUAAUAACAACUGUUACAGGGACUGUGUCAUGCUAUGCUGCUUGAACAGUGGCACGAGUUUUGUGGCAGGAUUCGCCAUCUUCUCUGUGUUAGGUUUCAUGGCGUAUGAACAGAAUGUGCCAAUUGAAGCUGUGGCUGAAUCAGGACCAGGUCUAGCUUUUAUCGCAUAUCCAAAAGCUGUGACCAUGAUGCCAUGGUCUCCUCUGUGGGCGUGCCUCUUCUUCAUGAUGCUCAUCUUCCUUGGCCUGGACAGUCAAUUUGUGUGUGUAGAGAGUCUUGUGACUGCUGUGGUGGACAUGUACCCCAAAACCUUCAGAGUGGGAUACCGUCGAGAGCUCCUGAUCUUAGGGAUGUCUGUGGCUUCUUAUAUUUUGGGUCUAACCAUGUUGACAGAGGGUGGCAUGUAUGUGUUCCAGUUAUUUGAUUCCUAUGCUGCAAGCGGGAUGUGUUUGCUGUUCGUGGCCAUCUUUGAGUCCAUCUGCAUCGGCUGGGUCUACGGCAGUGACAGAUUUUAUUUGAACAUUGAGGACAUGAUUGGUUACAAGCCCGUAUUUUUCAUCAAGUGGUGCUGGAAGAUCCUCACCCCUGGCAUCUGUUCAGGAAUUUUCCUUUUCUUCUUGAUCAAGUACAAGCCCCUGAAAUACAACAAUGUGUACACAUAUCCAGACUGGGGUUACGGUAUUGGAUGGAUAAUGGCAAUGUCUUCAAUGGUAUGCAUCCCUCUGGGCAUUAUAGUCCAGAUCUGGAAAACAGAAGGAACUUUCAUGGAGAGGAUCAAGAAGCUGACCACCCCGAGCUCUGAUCUGAGGAUGAGAGGCCACCUCAGUGCAAAGAGUCCUUACGCCAUCAAUGAUGCUGAUGCUAAAAUGAGGGUGGAUGGAAAAAUCUCUACCAUUACGGAGAAGGAGACACAUUUCUAAACCUGUACCUACCGAGACACGGUCACAGCCACCAAGACUGGAAAGGAAAAGAACUUAAAGCUUGCCUCAAUUUUUGGUGAAGAGAAAAGAUUCACAUUCUUAGUCUUGCCCUUUUUGCACAAAUAAUUAACACAUCCAUUACAAGUUAACUUCAUGAUAAAAAAAGACUUAUAUUCAAGUUUAUCAAAAAUAUAGA